AUGGCCCGCUCCGCCCUCGCCACCGCCUGCGUGCUCGCGAUCCUGGCCUGCGCCGCCCGCCGCGGCGCCCGCGCCUUCGUGCCUGCGCCGUGGGCCCCCGCCCCGCCCGGCGGCGCGCUGGCGGCGGCCGGCGCGCUCGCUGCUGCCACGCACGGCGCUGAGGCCGCCGGCGCGCUCGCGCAGGGCGGCGAGGAUUUCUCGGGGGGCGCCGCGGAGUGCCCCUUGUACUGGGGCAUGGGCGCGUUUGGCAUAGUUUUCCUUUUUGUCCUGGACCUCUCUGGCCAGAUGCUGAGGCAUACGUGA